AUGACGAACGAAGCUCCGGUGAGUUUCACACAGCACUGCGUCCCAGUCUUCAAAGGCGAAGAGUAUGGAAGAUGGAGCUUGAGAAUGAAAACUGUUUUUCAGUCUCAAGAGCUCUGGGAUUUGGUGGAGAAUGGAAUGGCGGAAGGAGAGGAUGAAGUGAAGCAGAAGAAAAGUAAGAAAAGGGAUGCGAAAGCCAGGUGUCUCAUACAGCAGGCAGUAGAUGGGUUAGUCCUUGACAGGAUAGCAGAGGCAGAGACAACACAAGAUGCUUGGGAAAUAAUCAAGAAGCAGUAUCAAAGCUCUUCAACGAUGGUGUCCGUGAGGAAGCAAGCACUUCGGCAAAGCUUCAAAACUUUACAAAUGGAGGAUGGUGAAAGUGUUCAGAGCUAUUGGGAAAGGGUUGUCACGAUAGUGAACCAGGUGAGAGGUCUCGGGCACAAGCUCUCGGAGGCCGAGGUAGUGUCCAAAGUGUUACGAAGCUUGGCGCCGAAGUUUAACUACGUAGCCGUCGCAAUGGAAGAGUCCAGAGACUUGUCAAAGUUCACUCUUGAUGAGCUCUGCUGGUCACUCCAAGCCCAUGAGUUCAGAGUGAACAAAUCUGUAGGGAAAUCCAGUGAGAAGGCAUUAUAUGUGAAGGGUGAUAGCUUAACAGCUCAUUCCAAGGAGAAGGGAAGCUCUAGCCCCUCGGCUGGGUGGAGCUCAGUCCGAGGACGAGGAAGAGGCUUCUUUCAGAGGGAGAGGAAGAGGCAAGUGGUCAAGAGGCCAAAGUAG